AUGAAGUUGUUGAAUCUCUUCCACACUAAGAGCAACCGUUGCAAAGAGGCUGCCAUUGAAUCCGACGUUGCGACAGUCCGGGAGUCUGUGUCCAGCCACAGCCACAGCACUCGCACAAGCAGUCACAAAAAGGACAAAUCCAAGAGAAAAAAGAAAACCACACCUGUGGAUGUAGUGAUAGAAGAAUACCACACACCCAAUGAAAAAAUCAUCAGUGCCUUUCUCCAGGCACUCAAUGACCACGCUGACGAGGAGCGCCUCCUCCGAUUCUUUGCAUCCGACCAAGUCAUGGCAAGGUUUGAGGAUACCCCUGGUUUCCCAGUAUCCGUGUUUGUUGCCGAGUUGCAAAAGUUCUUUAAAAGCUUUCCAGAUAUCAAGUUUUCGUGGGACUUUAUCAAGGAGGAAAAGAGUGGACAGGUGCUUGUGGAAGAGUUGCUCGUCAAGGGGACGCACAGUGGGGAGCCCUAUGCGUUUGCCAACUUCCCACCAGUACCCGCCAAGGGAAAGCAUUGUGCCAUGGAUCCAGAGCGAUUCUGGUACACCUUGAAAGAUGGGAAAAUCACUUCUGUGGAUAUCAUUGCAUUGGGAAGCAAAAGUGGACUUCCUGGUUUCUACAUGGAAGUGGGUGGGAAAAUGGACAUGCCUCAAGGCAAUGAAUGA